AUGGCUUCCAUUAUUGAUUUGGUGGUACAGGCGCUUCUUUUUGACGCUGAUUGUGAUGACAUUUUACCGUUUUUAUGUGAAGAAUUUCAAGAAUUUGCAGAUGCAAUUCACAACAAAGGGGCGCCUCUGAAAAAUUGCGUCGGAUUCGUGGACGGGACAGUGCGGCCGUUGUGUAGGCCAACAUUUUUUCAGCGUGUCUGCUACAAUGGUCACAAGCGUGUUCAUGCCAUCAAAUUUCAAUCCAUUGUCACGCCAGACGGGUUGAUUGCGAAUCUGUUUGGGCCCGUGGAAGGAAGACGCCACGAUUGCUUCAUGCUGACCCUUAGUGGCAUUCUAGAGGACUUUGAGAGGGGCCAGUGGAUGGAUCGAGAUGGCGACCCAUUCAGUAUAUAUGGGGAUCCAGCAUACCCUCUUAGAGACUUUCUCAUACCCCCAUACCGCACAGCAAAUCUGACACCUCAGCAAGAGCUCUUCAAUGCUGAAAUGUCAUCCGCAUUCUACCAGAGAGGACUGUCCAGAAUUCGCCUAAAACAAGGUAAAGGUAUUCAGGACUUCAACAGGGCUUUGGCAUUGGAUCCAAAGAUAUUCCAGGUUUAUCUGAGCAGAGCAGCCUACUAUGGUUUGAGAGGACAAUACAGCAAAGCCAUUCUCAACUGCAAUGAAGCCAUCAAACUACAACCAAACAGUGUUAGGGCAUACUUGUUCAGAGGGGCCCUGAAAUACCACAUCAAGGCAUACCAGCUUGCUAUACGAGACCUGACCAAGGCCACUAGUAUUGACAGCACAUGUGCUUUAGCUUACUUCAACAGAGCAGUUUGUUACCAUGACAGCAAGAACCAUGCAAAGGCACUGCAGGAUUAUGGGAUAGUUCUGUUGCUAGGGGAUGCUUUGAGACUCAAGGUUUUGAUCAAUCGUGGUCUGCUGUACUUUGACCGAGAUGACUACAGAAAUGCUCUGCAGGACUUCCUGCUGGCCGCAAAGAUUGACGCCAAGAACUGCAAGAUCUACCACACCAUAGGACUCUGCUAUCACAAGUUGAACUGCCUGGAGGAUGCUGUGAAAGCCUUCUCAGUGGCCCUGACUCUGGACAAGUUCUUCCUAGAGGGGUACAUUGGUCGUGGUAAUGUCCUCAUGGAUUACGGACACGAUGCUGGCCUCAAGUUUGCAAGGCGUGAUUAUGAGCGUGCCCUGCAACUGAACCCCAUCUACCUCCCUGCGCGUGUGAACCUGGCUUACAACCUCCAGGUGUGUGGGAAAUAUAUGCAUGCCUGGAGACAGUUCACUGCCGCCCUCACUGCUAACCCAUACUACAAGCCAGCACUAGAGGGCAGAGCUAUAGUUAACCUCCAGAUGAGUGAUACAUUUGCAGCAUUCCAAGAUAUCAAUGCCUCAGUAAGGGUGGUGCCCUCUGCUGAACUGCUCACCAAUAGAGGGGUCAUCCAUCAGUUUAUGGGAGACAAGGCCAAUGCCAUGCGGGAUUACCAGCAAGCCAUCUCUAUUGACCCGUCCCAUGCCUUGGCCUACUUCAAUGCAGCCAACAUCUACUUCCAGAUGAGGCAGUUUAAACAGGCCCAUGCUCACUAUGACAAAGCCAUUUUGUUCAAUCCCAAAGACGAGUCAGCACUUCUGAACAGAGCCAUUACUAAGGUGCUGCUGCGAGAUUCUGCUGGUGCCUUGGAUGAUUUCAAGGCUGCUGUCAAACUGAGCCCCCAUUCUGCUCAUAUGUACUUCAACAGAGGAAACCUGUACUCUUCCCUCAAACAAUUUGACAAGGCUGAGAAAGAUUAUACAAAAGCCUUGACUUUGCAACCUGAUGAUGCUCUGGUUUACAAAAGGCGUGCAGAUGUCCGUGGAAAGCUUGGGAAGAAAGCAGAAGCCAUUGCUGACUAUAAAUAUGCUAUCGAAAUCCAAAGCAAGAAAAGAGCCACCAUCGAUGCCAACUCUGUCACAUUCAAGCCUGGGUCACAUAGCAAAUGAGAUAGUAUUAACAUAAGAAACCAGUGAAUGAAAGAGUUGCAGGUUUUGUGAACAAUAUGCAGUAAUAUACUCAUGAAUUCCAGGCCCACAAUUUACAGGGCUACAUGCAGAAAUAUUCCAAGUUUUCUAAGUAAAGACAAUGACCCUGUGGCCACGUGCAUUGCACUGACAUUAAUCUGUGAUAUGAUCUCAGAAAUCCAUUAAUUCAAUCGUAAAAUUUUGAUUUUGAUUAUUAUUAUAAAUACAUAUUUUAAAGGUGAAAUGACAAUGUUUUUUAAGAUGAGAGGUGAGAACAUUGUCAUAGUUUGGGACCAAUGAAUAGUAUAUUUAAAACUUUAUUUGGGUGGGGAGGCUGGAGAGAGACACUUUAAAGGAGCCAAAACACCAAACCUAAAAUGCUGUGAUUAUGUACAGUUUUACAUUUAUGUUUCUUAAUGUUAUAAAGUUUAAAUUUAUUUUUAAAAGUGUACAUAUUUAUUGUAUAUAUGUACUUUGCUGUAUUUGUAGCAUAAAUACAUGCUUGACUGGAGCUACUGUUAUGUUCAUUUCUACCAAGUAUUAUAGUUUAAUGUAAACCUUAAAGUAUCCAUGUCUCUUUCUAAGCAAGGCAGACUUGCCAGACUUUUUGUACCAUCAUUGCAAAAUUCUCAUUGCAGAGAUAUAAAUACUAGGAUGUUUAGAUGACAGGUAAGUUUUGAUAUGUAAUUUAAACUGAUGGACACAUA